AUGACUUUUGAGACCCUUGCUACGGACUCAAAGCUCAAGAAGACAUUGAUUGAGGAUUUGAACAAAUUUUCGAGUGGAAAGGAGUACUACAAAAGAAUUGGGAAGCUUGGAAACGAGGGAGGGUACUUGUUAUAUGGCCCUCCUAGCACGGGCAAGUCAAGCUUGAUUGCAGCCAUGGCUAAUCACCUAACCUUUGACAUCUAUGACUUGGAUCUAACUGACAUCCACUCCAACUCUCAGCUCAAGUCUUUGUUACUCAGUAUAUCUGGCAGAUCAAUACUUGUUAUAGAAGAUAUCGAUUGCUCUAUUGAGCUGGAAAAUCGGGAUUACAAGUCUCAACCAUGGAAUCAUGGCAACAGUAAACUUAGUGCGAUUAUAAUAUCUGCCAUUUCUAAAAAUUGUCCUUAUAAGGUUAGUAGUAACAAUGCCCUCUAG